UUCUCUUGUCUCUACAUUUUGUUAUGUUAAACAGCAACGUAACUCCAAUUUCUUCAUCAUUAUUCCCAUUAGAAUAUUGGGUUUUGCCUGCAUUUUUCCACAAAUAUGGUCAGAAUUUAUAGAAAGUUAUGCAAAUUCUUACCACAGAGCAUCCCCGGUUAUUAUUCCCGGGACCUUACGUCAAGGACAGUGGGAAGUUGGGUCCGAAAAAUUGCGGGGAACACUUGGAACAGGCCAAAAAUAAUUUUCCAGUAUGUAAAUGUGGAUUUGAUAUGUUGGACGCUGGCUUUUUCAAUGACUGUAAGAAGCUUGAAAUACAAAACGGUGCACAAGAUUUUAACGUUCCUAUAAUCAGAAGCAACAGGAAGUUAGUUGCUACUGAAAAUGGAGGUCUACAUAACCCUUCUCCUUUGGUUUUCAAUUCUGUAUGGAAUGCGAAAGAAGUAAAGCAAGGAACAGACAAGUUCAAUUACCCUGUAUACUCUGGUAUUCAAAGGCCAAAAAAUGAUGAGGAUAUUGCUUUUAUGAGUAUUCUUGAACUUGGGCACCUUCUAAAGGAAAAAUUAAUUACAUCAGCGGAGCUAACCGGAAUAUUUUUGGACAGAUUAAAAAGGUAUGGUCCUGUCCUUGAAUCGGUUAUCUCAAUUACUGAAGAAUUAGCAUAUCAACAAGCAAAAGAGGCUGAUCAACUGCUUUCAAAAGGCAAAUAUUUGGGCCCUCUUCAUGGUAUUCCGUAUGGUCUGAAGGACAUUAUUGCAGUACCAAACUACCCCACAACAUGGGGUUCCAAAUCUUUCAAAGAUCAAGUUCUUGAUCUCGAAGCUUGGGUUUAUAAGAGGCUGAAAUCUGCUGGUGCUGUUCUUGUUGCAAAAUUAGUCGCUGGUUCUUUAGCAUAUGAUGAUAUUUGGUUUGGCGGUAGAACAAGAAAUCCAUGGAAUAUGGAAGAAUUUUCUACUGGUUCAUCGGCAGGGCCAGCUUCCUGUACCUCAGCAGGUAUAGUUCCUUUUGCAAUUGGUUCAGAAACUGUUGGGUCGAUUACCUACCCAGCUGCUAGGUGUGGUGUUACUGCAUUGCGGCCCACUUUUGGAGCUGUUGGUCGUACUGGAGUUAUGAGCAUAUCUGAAAGCUUGGACAAACUAGGACCAUUUUGUAGAAGUGCAGCAGAUUGCGCUGUUGUUCUCGAUGCCAUCCGGGGAAAGGACCCAGAUGAUCUUUCAUCCAGAGACAUCGCGUUAGUUGAUCCAUUUUCAGUUGAUAUCACAAAACUCACUGUCGGGUAUCUUGAGGAUGCGGACAAGGACGUUGUUAAUGUACUUCAAUCAAAGGGAGCGAAGAUGGUUCCGUUUGAUCUGAAAUAUACUGUUGACAGUGCUCAAGGUAUUGUCAACUUCACUAUGGAUGUUGACAUGCUGUCCCACUUUGAUGAGUGGCAACGCUCAAACAAGGAUGAUGAAUUUGAAGCUGAAGACCAAUGGCCUCUUGAACUUCGCCGUGCCCGUGUAAUAACUGCUGUAGACUAUAUUCAGGCACAGAGAGCUAGAAGCAAAUUGAUUCAGGAAAUCAGAGAAAGCUUCAAAGUUGACGCGUUUAUUGGAGAUGCAACUGAUUGGGAGAAAGUUUGUGUGGGCAAUCUUGUGGGUAUGCCAGUAGUGGUGGUUCCAAUAGGAUUUAAGAGGAUACCGAAUGCUCCAACAGAUGAUACUCGCAGGAGGACAACAAUCACUACAGGCAUUUAUGCUCCUCCCGACCAUGAUCAUGUUGCUUUAGCACUGGCAAUGGCUUAUCAGUCAGUCACCAAUCAUCAUAAGCAGCGUCCUCCAAUUGAUGAUAUUGGGCCAAACGAUUCGAUUCCAAACCCACCCGCAUCCAUGAUACCCGCAAGACAACUACGUGGUUAUUGAUCAUCUCCGUGGGACUUCUGCCAUCACUUUGUGUCGUUUAACUAAUUUUUGAAGAUGUAUACCACUAGUUGUAAUAAUUAUACAGUAUUAUGUUGGAUUAUCUUUUCUUAGUUCCAGUGUGAGAAAAUACAUUUCUUCUACUUGUUUCGCUAGGUGAGAUAUUCGGGGGCGGGGGCCUUCUUUCUGGUAUAUUGGUUCCAUUCUGUUUAACCUUUCAAUAGUUGAUGGUUUGGACUUUGGAUUAA